ACCCACCGACUAAAGUCCAUGCCACAUGUCAUCGCUCGAACACCCAGGAUGGCCCAGUGUGGGCAUCCCUCAGGGCUGCUUGCAGACAAGAACAUCUCUUCAAGUGUCACUCGGGUGAUAGCGAAGACACCAGGCAAGCAGGAAGACUUUAUGAUAGCCAGUGAUACCUCGGUGAGGCAGUUCAAGGAGAAGCUAUCGGCUCACUUUAAAUGCCAAAUGGACCAGCUAGUGCUCGUCUUCAUGGGCUGCCUUCUUAAAGACCAUGACACACUGAGCCAGAGGGGCAUCCUGGAUGGCCACACCAUCUACAUGGUCAUCAAGCCCCAAAACAGCUCCAGUUCCCUAGCCCAUUCCUCCCGGAAACUGUCAACCAGUGAGCCCUGCCAUCAGGGCAAAAACACCAAAGGAAACAGCAGUGGAGUAUACCAACCUGCUGGUAUGAGUCACACCCCAGUGGAGUCAUCGCUGUCAGUGGAUGUGCCCAAGGGGCAUACCCAGUACCUGGAAGUGGGUAGUUCAGAUCACAUAGCACUGAUACUGGAAAAUCCUAGCAUCCAGCAGCUUCUGUCCAACAUGGACUUCACGAGACAGUUCAUCUCAGAACACCCAGACAUGCAACAAUUGAUGCAGCAGAACUCGAAGGUCUCACACAUCCUUGAAAAUUCUGAGAUCCUAUGGCAGACUCUGGAGCUGGCCAGGAACCUUGCUGUGAUUCAAGACAUAAUGCAGAUCCAGCAACCUGCAGAGAAUCUUGAGCAUUCACCGAACCCACAGUCAAAUGUGGGCUUAGAGACAAUCCCUGGAUGGGACAAUACCCUGGGUUAGAGCUCUGCUGAUUUCAAUGACCAGAUGCUCAACUGCUCACAAGAUCCAUUUGGGGGCAACCUUUUCACAGCUCUCCUGGGAGGACAAGUGCCAGAACAAGUCCAGUCCUCACCCCCAUCUCCACCACCACCCCAGGAAAGGAGCAGACAUCUUGUACAGUCCUCUACAGCCCGGGUCAUCUAUGCUAGUUCUCGUGGUCUAUCCUCAACCAACUCAGACAAUGCUACCCCCAACAAGGUGAACCAUACUUCCAGGGCCAAUACUGCCGCUAGCUCCACUAAUGGUCAGAGUCAUACAUGUGCUGUUGAGCAGCCAGCUGGGGUACCAGCCUUACCUAGCAUAGGGCUCAACCAGCAGCCCUGGGCAGAAGGCAAAAAUGCCACCAUCUCUCUAGAUAGCUCUCACCAGAAAUUAGAGGGUGAGCUCCAGCAGUCAGAUGAGCGUACCAGCUCCCAGAUUACAGGAAGCAUGAUGCAGUUGCUUUUGAACAGCCCUUCCCUGGCAGCCCAGAUUAUGUUGUUCAUGAGUCUGCCCCAGCUGAUUGAACAGUGGAGGCAGCAGCUGCCCGCAUUUCUGCAGCAGACAUAGCUUUCCAAUAUACUUAUAGCCCUAGCCGACACUAAAGCAACACAAGCAAUAUUGCAGAUUCAGUGGGGUCUGCAGUUAUUGGCCACUGAGGCUCCUGUUCUUCUACCCUGGAUGGCACCCUACCUGUGGGGCCUGGGUUGGCUUCCUGCACCCAGCUGCAUCUAUCCUGACACAGUGCCCUGGACCUGGGAUGUGCCAGAUAUGGCUGAGCCCAAAGGUCCUGAGUCCUGCCACAAAUCUGGAACAGUCCUGCAGAGGCUACAGUCCCUAGCUAGAGACCCUUCCCACCUUCUACAAGCCCCUGAGAUUCGUUUCAGCAAGCAAAUGGAAUCUCUUCAGGCCAUGGGGUUUGGGAACCACCAUGCCAAUUUGCAGGCCCUCAUUGUCACCGAGGGAGACACCAGUGCUGCCAUCCAUAAGCUCAGGAGAUCCCAGGGGUUCUAA